GGAGGAGGAGUAGCCUCGGCUGAGUUCUCCACACAGCGAGGGGAUUCCGAGAAUAAACAAUUCCGAUAGACUCGACUACAGGUCGCAGGUUGUGAUCAGUGUGAUCACAGUCGAGAAGCCUUGACGUUUCGGACUAUUUUUUUUUUUGCCCACCGACCACCUCGCCCUGUGUGUGACAAAGCGAUGAGACCAAACGCGACCUUUACAUUGAGACUAACCGUGGAAUUGCCACCUCUCGCAUAAUGAUGCGCCUCUCCGGUUGACUGGGGUCUGCCGCCUGCCAUUGGUAGACAACGCAGGUCCCCUCGAUGGGCGACUGGUAAAGCUGAAAGGGUGCCACCAUAAGAAGCCCCCGAAGGUUUGGGAGUAACUAUCCUCCUGAGCAAUGGAAUGUGUCAACAGAAACUCUGUGGAGAAAUCCUGCUGACUGCUACGUUCCUCUCGCACAAGCCCGGAGCCGGGGCCUUCUGGGAUCAACCACUGUUCAGAGGCACAGAGCAGUGCCAGUAGGGCCCUCUUGCCCUAGAAUGGCUCUACGUGUGUUGGCAGUUUCAUUGCCCUGCUGACUGUAUAAAGAGACACAUCUAGUCAGUGGAUCCUCGUACCAACCCCCGCUGGACUCAUUCUGGGCGGCAACUGCUUACCUUCUGUUUCUCUGUUCUUCGGAAGUACAUGCCACUGUCAGUCAAAUGAUCCAGUGGACAUUGCUUUCCCAGUAGCAUUGCCAAACCAUACGAGGGACUCCUAGUAUUGAACAUGACUCAUGGGGAGGAGCCUGGCCCUGAGACACACAAGGAUUCAGCUGUUCUAACUUAUCUGGAAGGUUUACUGAUGCAUCCGGUGGUGACCGGGUCCGGGGCCACGGCGAGCAGGAGGUCGGAGGCAGCCCACCACAACCAGGAGCAGGCCGACAAGGUGGGAGGCUCCUUCCAGCUGCCUAACCACGGCCCUGCCACACCCAAGGCCGGGACCAACGGGCCCUCACUGGGUGUCUCGCAGAACCUGAAGAAGGCCCGUCUGCUGCGCUCCGGGGUCUGGAACGAGCCAGUGAACCAACGCGUGAGCCCCCCUUCGGCGGAACUAAAUGGCCAAGGGGGAGGUUUGCAGAACGGAAACCGGGAGGGCUCUCCACAUGCCGGGGAGAGCACCCUGCUGGCCUCCCUGCUCCAGUCCUUCAGCUCCCGGUUGCAGAGCGUGGCCUUGUCCCAGCAUGCCAAUAAGCCAGCCAGUGAGUGUUCCCCACCACCCAAGGCCCCCGCCACAGAGAAAGAGCCGCUUCCUGUUUAUGGCACGGCAUCAAGCCGCUUGAAGGGACUGAUGAGGAAAAAUAAACUGCAGAAUCAUAGCAACACGCCUUACAGCCGCCGCGGACACAACCAGGACAGACCUCCAGAGUCACCGCGCUCGGCACACAGCGCCACGCCUCCAUCUGCUCCCGUGUCGACCGAGACCGUGUCCUGCGCCGAGCGCCUCAAGGCCGUUGCCAACAUGGUGAAGAUUCGCUCAAGCCCGGCUCCCUCACCCAAACCCAGCGUGGCCUGCAGUCAGCUGGCACUGUUGCUCUCCAGCGAGGCCCACCUGCAGCAAUACUCCCGUGAGCAUGCGCUGAAAGCCCAGCUCUCGGGCCGCUCUGCCAGCGAACGGCUCGCUGCCAUGGCAACACAGCAGCUAGGUCAGGGCAAAAGGCCACCCAGCGCAGGAGAGGCUCCUCCUGUAGCCCAAGAUGGAUUAAGCCCCCUCACCACCCAGAACGGGAAGACGUCAACAAACACGGCUACUCCAACACUCCCACGUAUGGCCCAUUCCUGCCCUCAGAGCCCUUCCCUGCUCCACAGUCGCAGCCAGAGCCAGACCUCCCCUCCCCCAGUCGCCCAGGGUGUCAGCCACGUCCCGAGCCAGCAACCCAGGGAAAAGCGGGGCUUUGACUCCCGUCCCAUGCGCCCCCCACAGACCUGCAGCAGUUUGCUGCUGCUGCUUCUCAACAACCACAACAACCAGAAGCAGCUGACCAAGAACGGCCACCUGGAGGAGAGCUGUGGCCUCCUGCCGCCCAGUGGCUCUUCCUCGGUCACCUCCGACAGCGAGUGCUCGACUCAAGAGAGGAGCGUGGCCAAGGACAGCAGUGACGCCGAGAGCACCUACUCAAGCAGCUCGCCCAUCGACCUCUCAUUGAGAGGCCGGGCCAAUGCCCACGCCUCCGGAUACAAGGUCAACACCACCACCGCCACCACCUCUUCCUCCUCCUCCUCCUCCUCCUCGUUGUCCUCCUCCUCCACAGUCUUCUCAUCUGCCCCUGCUGCGUUCUCACCCCCUCCCUCUGCUCACUGUUCCUCUGUAACCUUCUCAUCCCCCAGUGCUGUUGUCCCCUCUGCCUCUUCCUCCUUUGCCUCUCCAUCCUCCUCCUACAACACAUCUUCCUUAGACAAGCUGACCGAAACGCUGAUAAACAAGUGGAAACCAGAGCCAUCCUGGUCGCAGGGCCCCAAGAGCCAUGAGCCUGAAUCGAAGCCAGACAUUAAAUCACAUUCUAAGGUCACUCUCAUGCAGCUCCUCCUUGAACGCAGGAAUAAUGACAACAAGGGGAAUAGAUGUGCAGCUAAUGAGGAUUUGCCACUUGACGUGACCAUGGCCACCAUGUCUCGGGAGCCAGCCGAUGAACUUUUGGCCUGGGAUGAAUCCAGGACAAAGAGCCCCUUGGAAAAGCUAGGAGCUUCGGCCCAGUCCCGCUGUUCCCUCAGCCGAGACCCCGGCGGCUCACUGUCGCUUCAUUCCUCCCCCUCCCCCCACAUUCAAUCCAGCCCACUGGAUUUGUGCAAAUCUAAAUCCUUCCCUGCUGAGAAGGCUUCGGAGCCAGCCUUCAGUGCCAGUAAAUUGUUGCAGAAUUUGGCCCAGUGUGGUACGGCGUCACCAUCUCCGCCAAUGCCCCUAAGCAAAGUUCAGGGCCAGGAUGUGGAAGUUGGAAAGCCCCUAGUACUGUUGGAGAGACUCAGUGCCCCCAUCCACAGGAACACCACCACUCCUUUGUCCGAAAGGCCCUCAGGCAGUGGCACGCCGUUCAGCCGCAGUGAGGCCUCUCCCCCAUCCUCCCAGAUUGAGAACCUUCUAGAGAGGCGCACAGUGCUGCAGCUGUUGCUAGGAACAGGCUCGGCCGCAGCCACGGUUCACCGCAAAGACAGACCUGUGGCUGGAGGUGCGCUGAGGACAGUGGAGUGGCCCGGGAUGAGCUUUGAGAAAAGCUUCGGCACCUCGGUCAUCUGUGACAGCUCUAACGGCCCCGCUGUAGACGUCAAGGUCAAAACAGAGGCCGAAGAGGAAGUGGCUCGAUCUCCGGCCACCUCCGUGGAUUCAGUGGUCAGAAAGAGAAGGGGGGGCCCUGACAAAAACAGCCCUACCCCAGACCCCCCACAUGACUUUAAAACAGAGCCACGGCCUGCAGAGGUCAUUGCCAAAUAUGGCCUUCUCAGUCAGCUCCUGAAACAACAGAAUGCUACAUACUACAGCAGUGCUGCUAUGCAGACAGAGACACAGCCCAGACCGGUGAAGGAGGAACAGAGGGAUUACCACGGGCCCAGCCCAAAGAAAAGACGCCCGUUCCCUGAUGUGACCGACAGCGUCCACAGUAUCAGGUCCCCAAGGGCAGUGGAUAGCGGGGAUGGAGGCAACACUCGCCCAUCUCCUUUCCAGGAGGAUCCUCCUCAACAAAGGAGGCCCAAGGAGGAGGAAGCUCUAAGCGGCAGUCCCCCAAGUGAAUACCUUGCCAGAGAAAGCCGUGGAUUCAACGUGCUUAAACAGCUUCUGCUGUCUGAUAACUGCCUGAAGGAACUGUCCCAGCAGUCCAGGGGUGCACCCAGCCCCUCAGUGCUGCAGACCAAUGGCAAGGCCAACGGAAGCAUCCUCAGUCAGCCCACCCACAACAACCACAACUUCCUCCAAUCACCAUGGCAGCCCCACAGCUCACUCAGUUCGGGGCUCCCAGGUAACCUCAGACCCCUGCCAACGCCUCCAGCCUGCGAAAUCCCUCUGCGCUCCCCCUGGGGACGCAAUGUGAGCCACCUUAGCCCUUGGCAAGUACCCCCGAAAAGGGAUGCACCAACUCUGGUCAAACAAGAACCAGAGAGCCCGUCACGGUGGGCAGGGCAGGAGGAAGAGGCGGAGGGCUGUGACUCAAACCCAGACUCUCCACGGCUGACCCGCUCCAAUCCUAUCCUCUAUUACAUGUUGCAGAAGGGUAGUGCUCAGCUGAGGAAGGAGGCUAGGGAUCAGACAGAAGGGAACCCGCCCAUGGUCCGCGUUAAGGAGGAGCCAAUCAGUGACGUGCAUGCUUAUGAACACAAACUGAGCUCCGCCCCACACUCGCCAUCCCACAAUGAAAAGCACAGCCACAAGAGCCAGCGGCUGAGCCAAUCAUCUGAAUAGAGGUUUUAUCUAAGGUAGAAACCUUUAUCAAAACAGAAAAAAAAGACUAAAGAUUACAAUUAUACUUUUUCGUUCUUUUUUACUGACUUGCCAAAUUGGUUUGCAGUUUAAUGAAAUGAAAUGACAGAAUGCUGAAUAUACGAUUUUUUUUGUAAACUGGCGCAAGUUCAAGUUCAAAGACAUAUAUCAUGACUUUGUUAUUUAAAAUGUUUAGGUUAUUGAAUGGUACAGAAUAGCUCUAUGUUAGCAGAAUGUCAAUCGAUUAAACCAAAAUAAUGGAAGCAUCCGAUCUAUUUUCCUCCAUUUCUGAUAGUCAUGCAAUUGUAUUUAACCUUCUGAAUUCCAAAGUCCACCUAAAAAAUUGGGUACAAUUUGUCUGAUUUUUUCUCAAACCAGUCCCAAUCAGUUUUUUAUCUGGUACAGAAUAAAAUAAAUUAGGGUAAGCACAGCAGUCCUUUACAAAGAAGUACACCAAGAAACAUUUAAAGGACGACCCUAAAGACUAUAUUCACAGCAACGGAAGAGAUAAUUCCAAUGAUGAAUGUUUUGGUUAUUUUCAUCUCUGAUUCCCUCAAGAAUCAUGGUUUAUUUAAAAGUUAAAUCAUAAAACAGUAAAUUGCGGUCAACAAUUCAUUGUAAUUUGCUUUGAUCUGAAUUGAACUUGUUAGACUAAAUUUCAACAGUGCAAAUUUCCAUGUCUAUACUGGGGGAAUGUGCACUUUGUUGCAGUGGCAAGAAACUAUCACCUUCCCAUUCAUUGUAAACUAGCACUAUUUUGCCAAUGCACACAGACAUGGCAUCAAGCUGUUGGAUCUUUACAUAUAGUCCGAAAUUCAGACCAAAGUUUGCACUGUUGAUAUGUUUCUAGUCUUUGGUGUCCUACGGAUAAGUUCAUGGCAUGUUAUAAACAAUGUCAGUAUUGUUAUAUGUUGAGAAUUUGACAGUUUGUGACUUUAAUCAUUUCUUGACUCUUGUGCUGUAUGGACACCUUUUUUGUGGCGGUCUCUUAAGUCAUAAAAUGUCAGAAGAAUUGCAUGAAAAUAAAGAAGAAGAAAAAAAACGCAUAGGUACAGUUUCCAUUGCAGCUGGAUCUAUGUACCUGCCCCAAUCCUGUAAUACUCACCAAGACAUGCUGGUGUCUUGAGGGAUACCUGGUUUCUAGCUCCUUAUUUUUGAUUGUACUGUAUUUUUCUCAGUAUCAGUUUUAGUUUCACACACUGUGUUGUCCAUUACUUUAAGUACAUAUACCUUAUGAAUAAUGUUUCUUCUAAUACAAAUACAUUUUCACAAUGGUUAAAUAUAUUUGUGUAAAUAGUACUUUCAUUAUGAAAGAUGACUAUUUUGUAUUGUUGAAGAAAAAGAUAUUACCCUAGUUUUUAAUUCCCUGAAUAUGUAAAUAUGAAUUAUAUGCGUACUAGUGUACAUACAAAGGCAGAGGAUGCUAUGCCCAUCUCUUUUCGUUUGUUUUCUUUUCGUUGGUUUGUUCUUUGCAUGUGUCUCAAUGUGGUAACUGAUAAUCCUAUCCUGCGCUGUGUCGUGUAACAAUAUGUCUGACUCGUCACUGCUGCUUGGUGCAUGCAGACGCAUGGUGAAACUACCUGUGUAUCCCUACUGGUGAUGGGGGGUGGGGGGUGGGUGGGUGGGUCGGGUGGGAAAUGUCAAGUCUUAAAAUAGGUCUUCAUUUUUAUUUUUUUCUCAAGGCGGUUCGUUUAGAAUAUGAACAGUCCCUAAAUAACCACAUGGCUAUUGAGCAAGUUGACGAAGAUGUGUGAAAAUAUAUGUGCAUUGAAUAUUUUUGUGAUCUUUCUUUUAUUUCUUUUCUGUUACUGGUUAAGAAAAGGCUCUGUGAUGUGACCUGGGCUUGGGGCUGUUAUGGCGGAUUGACGUACAAUCAUAGACAUGCAUUGUGCAUCUGAGAAAUACAUUUGUAGCAACAAAUUGAAAAAAAAAGGUGUUUCAUUUUUCCAUGUGAAGAAAUGAAACCUAAUUUCAUUUUUUAUGUUGUCAUUUUUGGUGUUCAUUUGCACUGAUAUCUCAAAAAUAAAGUUCUAAAAUGCAUGA